AUGGACGAAACCGCCGUGAAGACGAAGCCUGAUUGGCUUAACAACCGCGUCAAGGUCCCCGGAGAGAAAACCGAAGACUUCGAGGACGAUGAUGAGGACGAGGACUGCGACGGCGACGAUGAAGCUUGGAAAAUGCUUUGUAGGAGCUUCCGAAAGGCGCAGACGGUGCUGGACGAGAACCGUGCGCUGAUCGAGGAAGUGAACAGCAACCACGAGUCAAAGAUUCCUGACAACAUGGUGAAGAACGUUGGCCUCAUUACUCAGAUCCACGGCAACAUCUCCAAGGUUCGCUCUAUUUACUCCGAUUUAUCGGUGAAUUUCUCCAACAUUGUUCGCCAGCGCCGCGUCACCGUCGCGAACCACCUCAAUCGCGACGGAGACUGUGAAGAGGAUGGAGAUGAAGCGGAGAAAUCGGAGGACGAUUCCUUGGAGCACGUGCAGGAGAAAUCGGAGAUGGUUGAAUUGAUGAUGCGGGAAUGCAUAGAACAUUAUCCACCCGCAGAUAUGAGGAUGGAGAUGAGAAUGUUUAGGCUCAAAGUAGCUGAACCCCCUGACGAAAUCAACAAUAUUUUUGAAGAGUAUUCACGUAAUGGCGCCAUGAACAUGGAUGGCAUGUGCAAUUUCUUAGAUCAAUAUCAAGGAGAAAAGGAAGGUGUCUACGCACUUGCUCAAACCAUUUUUGACAGUGUCAAGCAUCUCAACAUAUUUCAAAGGAGAGGCCUUCAUGCCGAGGCCUUCUUCCGUUACCUCUUCAGUGACCUUAAUGGUCCCCUUGCUGAGGUGCACCAUGACAUGACUUCUCCUUUGGCUCAUUAUUUCUUAUACACAGGCCACAACUCCUACUUAACUGGAAAUCAAGUUAGCAGUGCUAGCAGUACUUCCGCCAUAAUAAAGGCAUUGAAGAAAGGAGUCAGAGUGAUUGAGCUAGAUCUGUGGCCAAAUUCCAGAGGCGACGAUGUGCUAGUUCAUCAUGGAGGGACUCUGACUUCUUCAGUGAAACUAAGAGCUUGUCUGAAUGCCAUCAAAGAAAAUGCAUUUUCCGCCUCUCCGUAUCCUGUUGUUAUAACUUUUGAAGACCAUAUCACUCCAUUCCUUCAAGACAAAGUGGCCAGGGUUCGUCUAACUCAUGUUACUGAAGGCCAGAGGACAGUAGAGGAAGCAGCACAGAGACUCGAGGACAAUGGUGACAGAUCUAAAGUCAAUUACAAGGAUGGUUCAGAUGAUGUGGAUGAGGAGGAUGACACUCCUGAAUAUAGGGAUUUAAUUUCCAUUCGUGCAGGGAAGCCCAAAGGGAAGGUUAAAAACUGGCUGGUUAAUCACGAACAAGUGAGACGCCUAAGCUUGAGUGAGCAAGAGCUUGAAGAUAUUGCCAAAAAUCAUGGAACUGACAUUAUUCACCCAAAGACAUUUGCUAAGAAUAUAUCCAAAGGGUACUCGUGUGGACUCGUCUAA